CGCGUUGUGUUCUCUUCGCCUCGAUUGCAUUAGUCUGCGAUCGAUUGAAAGCCUGAAGCCAAAUUGGGACAGACGAACCUCCACGAUUUGUCUAAAAUCCGCAAUCAUAUUUGAACUUCGCAAUGGGCCUUGCUUACCUUAGAGUCUCUAUGGCUCACUGGUAAAGCAUCGGAGCGCGGAAUCCGAAAGGUCCGAUUCCUCAUGGGGACUCAGAAUUUUUUCUUUGUCCCACGCUCGUGACUAGAUGAAAACACAUCUUUCUCUAUCCACGAUCUAGUUGUCAGAAACCUGCGUUCCUUUUGUCCCAAAUAUUACCGGAGAGACAGUGAGUAACGAAGCAGCUCUUUCGAUUAAACCAGGUGGCAAUAUUCCGCUUCCAAUAUAAAAUCAUUUUGAAACCUUAGUUCUAUAUAGAAGCAUAGAAAUAGAUGUUAAUCGAAUCGAUUUCUCCGCACCAGUAGUGUAUUUACUUCAAACAUUCAACUCUGAGAAGCUUUUGACGUUGACAUUUUAAUAGUGUCAAGACAUUCUCUCCCAUCCAAAUCAUGCGACAAGAUCACAUGUGGAUUAGAGUUCAAACUCCAAGUAGCUGGUUGCUGGAAACUGGACACGAAUUUCCGGAGAAACAUCAAGCUGCGAGGGAAAGGAUUCGUGUUUUGUUACAUGUCACGCAAGCUCCGUCGUAAUUAUUAACGAAAGACUUUAAAUUCCGCGUCAGAGGGGUUCUACACAAAUUCAACUGAAAAUGACAUAUGAAGAAUGGUCUCCGUGGCUUUCAUCCACCUCGUAAAGGUUCUGGCCAUUACUUAAGGGAACACAAAUCUCAUGGAGACAAUUCCCUGGAGUGACGUGAUAAUUGUGGAAAUUUGACAACCCAGAGAAAGAACGUUGAUUAUUUUGCUAUUGUUUAAUUCAAUAGCGUCUAUUAUUCCUCCAUUGAUUUCUACAUGUGUGGGCUUUCACGCAACUUUAUCCACUGAAAAUACGAAAAUCCUACCGACCUUAGCCGUGAUCGCAUUUACUAAGGAGCAUUUAUCCAACGUUUCCACCGUUUGCGUGUAAUAUUCCUCAUGAUAUCAUGACACGAAAGGCAGUCUCCUUUCAUGAAUAAAACAAAAGCGUUUAAAUCAACUGAUGCAAACCGCCCGAGCAAUUGUUCCCUCAAGACAAUGAAAUGGAUGGAAGUCAUGCAAGGUCAACCUGGAAUUCUUAAAAAAAAAAAAAAAAAAAGGUAAAGAAUUACUUGACUGAAAUUGAUAUAAGACCUCGUGAUAAGCCAUGAUCUGAAAAUUAAUUUCAGGUAAGAAUAAACAUACCCCCAUUAACAUUCGUGAAGCUCAUUAUUAUUUAUAUUGUUUUGUGGAAAUUGACCUCCUAAGCAGGGGGGGUCGUUUUUUGUAAACAAGCGUGACAGCAUAACGCAUCAAGUCAAUAACACGCGGACAUCACAUGACAAGGCGGUAAACAGGCCAUUGUUGACGUCCGGUUAGUCAGUCUUUUACUUUGCCGGCGGCAAAAACUUGAGUUAACACGCGGUGGUCAAAGCACGUUACUGGAUUAUUCCACACGAUUUUUUAUAAACCGGUCUACACCUCGAGAAAGAAUGCUGUCCACCAUGCGAAAGGUUUGCUUUUCUUCUUCCCGCAUUAUUCGUCCUCUCGUUAAUUCGACCGACAUCUUGGUUCGUGGUGCACAUCAAGCGAAAGCCCAAGCACCAAGCGCCACUGUGAACACAAGUGAACAUGAUUUGAAACUGGUCAACGGUGCCCUGUUGAAAAAUCCUCGCUCCGAGUAUAGAAUGGUCCGUCAAUACCAAGGAAAGAUUAAGGCUGUGAUCUUGGACUGGUCUGGCACUGUUUUGGAUUGCGGCGUCUACUCACCAGCUGUUGUGUUCAAUGAAGUCUUUAAAAAUGAGGGAGUCCCAAUCACAAUGGAAGAGGCAAGAGAGCCCAUGGGAAUGCACAAAAGGGUGCACAUCCGUAAGGUCACAGAGAUGGAGUCUGUACGAAGGAGAUGGUUUGAAAAGUUUGGUCGCUUUCCCAAUGAGGAUGAUGUGGAAAGAAUGUUUCAGAACUUUGUUCCUUUGCAACUUGACUGUAUUUUGGACUACUCUCAGAUGAUAACUGGUGCAGUUGACACUGUUAAUUACCUGCGUAACAACAUGAACCUGAAGAUUGGGUCCACAACCGGAUUCACUAAAUCCAUGAUAGAUGUACUGAAGGUGGCUGCCACUAAGCAGGGCUAUACUCCUGAUUGUUAUGUUGCAGCAGAUGAGGUACCACAAGCCCGACCUUACCCUUACAUGGUUUGGUUGAGUGCUAUUAGACUGGAUGUCAAUCCCAUCGAAGCCCUUGUUAAAGUUGAUGACACAGCUGAUGGAGUCAGGGAAGGUACAUCUGCAGGCUGCUGGAGUGUAGGACUUGCUAAAACAGGUUUGAAUGAAGAAGAGAUCGCCAGCCUGAAUGAUGAUGACCUUGAAAGGAAGCUGAAACGUUCUUAUGAUAUCCUGGCCAAUGCUGGUGCUCAUUACGUAAUUGAUUCCAUUAGUGAUCUGCCUCCAGUUAUUGAAGAUAUCAACCGACGCCUUGCCUCUGGAGAAAAGCCAUGAACAAUAAUAACAAAGCAGUUAAGGUUAUUAUAACAAUCUGACCUAGUUGCUAAGAAUUAUUUUUAAGUUCUCAGUUUCCAGCUUUUCUUCUUAUUUUCAGUGUUGUGAUUUUUAGGCUACUUGAAGGUUUGAGACAAUCUUAUGGAAGCAUUGCAGUGUCCCUUUUGAAAAACAUAUUGCACCCUUUUAUGUGUCAAGUAAUUUUGCUGAAAGCAAUAUAGACUUAAAGAGACUAAGCAAUCUAAGAUUCUCAGACUCAAAUAGUUACAUGUACAGGUCAAAUCCUCUUUUAAUUGGUAACAGCAGAUUUUAGUUGAGGUGUAGUUAAGUGUGAAAUGGGUGUGGUUAUGAUCACAACAGGACACAGGAGAAUUUGACUUUUCCCUUUCAUGAACAAGUACUGAACUUGCAAAAGAUAAUUUUAAUAUGUAUAAGAUUUCAAUAGGUAACAAGCAAAUAUGAUGAAAUUCUGGCAUGUAACUGACAAUUUUUAAACAAGAUAGUUACAAACUCUUGACUGAUCUCAGAUGUCUUGUUCAAUUUUCACUCCCAGUUUUCUUAGAAAGGAUUGUUAGUUUUCAAAGUAAAUUACACGAAAAGUUAAAGUUGAAAUUUUAUAUAAUUCUUAUCUAAAAUAUUCCAUAAUGAUAUUGUAACUUAAUGUAUUUAUGAUAUAUUUAGGAAGACAGUCAAUCAUUGCAUAAUAUCAAGAAUUGGUGAAACUAUGCAAAGACAUGAAAAUCAAUGUUGAUUUUUUUAAGUUUCAUUUUAUUGCUUCUUUUUAUUCAACUAAGUAUAUUCAUGCACCGCAUAGUAAUAAAAUAAGAGUUUCUUCAGA